GCUACGUCGUUGACUCCUCUCACUUUUUUCUUCUCCGCCCGUUUCCGAUCACCGGCGGUUCCCGCAACGUUCAUGGAGGUUCACGGCGGAAGGCUCCGCCACGUGCUCGUGUUGGCGUUCUGCAUCGCCGGUAUCUGGUCUGCAUAUAUCACCCAAGGCGUUCUUCAAGAAACCCUGUCGACGAAACGGUUCGGUGCAGAUGGCGAGAGGUUUGAGUAUCUGACAUUUCUAAACUUGGCGCAGAAUGUAGUGUGUUUAGUGUGGUCAUAUAUGAUGAUUAAGAUAUGGUCGAGUGGGAGUAGUGAAGGUGCUCCUUGGUGGUCAUACUGGAGUUGUGGGAUUACUAACACAAUUGGUCCAGCUAUGGGAAUUGAAGCACUCAAGUAUAUCAGUUACCCAGCUCAGGUCCUGGCAAAAUCCUCAAAAAUGAUUCCAGUUAUGUUGAUGGGUAGUCUAGUGUACGGUAUACGAUACACUUUUCCAGAAUACCUUUGUACAUUCCUUGUCGCUGGAGGGGUAUCAACAUUUGCACUUCUAAAGACUAGCUCAAAGACUAUCAGCAAGUUGGCACAUCCAAAUGCUCCCCUUGGAUAUGGACUGUGUUUCCUGAACCUUGCAUUUGAUGGAUUUACAAACGCAACUCAGGAUUCCUUAAAAGCAAGGUACCCAAAAACAAGUGCAUGGGAUAUCAUGUUGGGCAUGAAUUUAUGGGGUACCAUAUACAACAUGAUUUACAUGUUUGGCUGGCCUCGUGGGAGUGGAUUUGAGGCAGUUCGCUUUUGCAAACAGCAUCCAGAUGCAGCAUGGGAUAUAUUUCUUUAUUGUUGUUGUGGUGCUGUAGGCCAGAAUUUCAUCUUUCUGACGAUAAGUCGAUUUGGUUCUUUGGCUAACACCACCAUCACUACUACUCGCAAAUUUGUUAGCAUUGUGGUGUCUUCACUAUUGAGUGGGAAUCCCCUAUCAAGAAAGCAAUGGGGGUGUGUUUUUAUGGUAUUCUCUGGAUUAUCAUACCAGAUCUACCUCAAGUGGCAGAAGCUGCAGAGAUUGCAGAAGAGAAAAGCUAUGUGAAGAGGAAACCUUCAGCAGUUUUGAAUUCAAACGUUAAUGCUAUUAUAGCUCAUUUGCCCUUCCAACCGUAGUCAUAUCAAUAUAACCUUAAAGUUAUAUAAGCUAGAUUUAGAUUUAUACAAAUAGGAUAUUGUUAACUGACCGAUGCUUUUUUGAGAAGAUGGAAGUUUAUACUCCAUGUCCUCUUGGUUCGUACUGAUUAUCACAUGCCUCUGUAUCUUAAAUAAGGAGUUAGUGUUAUAGCACCUGAAGCCAAAGUUGUAUUCUGUAAACACGAUUCGCAGAUUAUGU